AUGGACGGACAGGACACUGGCGCUCUGCCCAAGCCCAAGCCCAAGCCAAAAAGGUUCAUUCCGGUGCCCCCGGAGUACCGUCGCCUCACUCAUACUACAGAACGCGAGCACAUCGUCAACGAGAUCAAGAUCAACACUGGCUGCGAUGUCAUCCCAAAAUGGGACGCUGGGUAUAUCACUCAGUUCGCCAUUGCUGGACAAGGUGCAGGCGUUGAGAAGGCCGUCCGAUACAUUAACCACUGGAUCUCUAACGCGCAUAUCAAGUCAAAAGACUCAUCAUCAUGGGCGAAGACACCUGCAUUCGAUCAUAACAAAUGGUACUACGACAGCAUUGAAGAGCGAGAGCCCCGCGACAUAGCGCGCAUCGAAGCAGCCGAAGCGCAUCUCAUGACGAUGAUCGACAAAGUCAAAGCUGAUGCUAUGGGACUGCAGCAUGUAAUCAACAUGAUUCUUGAUGAAAAAGAGGGCUUGGAGGUUGUUCUGGAGGAGGCUGACGCGUGGUGGCCGAACCUUCAAGAUCGAGUCGUACCUCGCCUCCUCUCCAGUGGGAUGAUGGAAACCUCCGGCAGCUUCCGCAAUGAGAUCAUGCACUUCACGCAGCUUUCAAAGAUCCAGCAUUCAAUUCAGCUGGCCCUUGAAGCUGUGCGCCACACGAAAGGCGCGUACGAUAUGGCUGUUCGGCUAGGGUGCCUGGCUCUGAGCUCAAGACAUAUCAAGGAGGAUAAGAUUGGCCAGAAGUUCGGGAAGGAGAUCUUCUUGAAGUCGAUUAACGGACCUGUUACAGUUGAGAUAAAGAAGUGGCUUGCUGAUGAUGCACUGGGCUCGCAAAUUCUGGGAGCACUCUGCAUGGCCAAUGAAUUCCUGGAGCCGACGAAGUCUUCUGCCUACUUCGGUUAUACGCCAAAAUCGCUGCAAGGCACUCGUCCAAUGUUCCGAGGAACGUGGGUGUUCACAGACCCUAGCUGCGUUGUUGCUCCACCGCGAGAGCCGGUAGCUGUGCGCCAUGCUGGACGUCCUAAAGCACAUCCCCAAGCUCCUGCUAGUACCACCACUCCAUCCGCGGCGCCGCAGUCCGAACUCAUCGUUGUUCAGGUCGACUGGACUGAUGAUGAAGAGGGCUUGUACGAGAAGACAACAACCCGGUACUACAAAAUCGAUCAGGGUCGUAAAACACCAAAGAAGAACAUGGAUAUCAACCUGCUGGAGCUUGGAGAGAGCAGAGGAUGGCACUUCGCCCUUGAGUCCUUGAUUCCUGUGGCAGCGAAGAGCAUCUCGCCUGUCAUUACUGGCUUCGCUGAUAGAGUCAAGAUGAGACCCAACCACGAUUAUCGUUCCACCGAAAGCUUCGCUGAGUGGGAUCAGACACCUACCGUCAAGAAGCACCUACGAAACGGCCGUCUGGAAACUAUCUACUCCUUCGGUAUCAAGCAGACCUGCUACAAGGUCGAGGCUACUUGUAUGUGGUACCCAGGACAGAGACUUCCCGUCUGGGGUCUCUGUGUCCGCCACUCCGAAUGGGCUACCCAUCUUGCUGAGCUUGAGCGUCUCCCUGUGGGUCGAAAGGCCGACUGGGGUCACACUGUGGCUACCUUCCUGCCAGAUGAUGGACAGUCUUGCUACUCCAGCGCGGUUGAGGACGAGGACUUCGGAAUGAGGAACCUCGAUCUGGGCCCUGGCGUUGAAGCACCACCACGCGAUGGUAUCCGCAUCCUCAUGGACAAGCUGCUUCAGCUAUCAGCCAUCGUCAGUUCUGUCACAGACAUGGGAGGCGUCGCUAUCUAA